GUUCCGUGCGGAAUCGACCUGAGUCUGCGUUCCUGUCGGUUUGGGCAUUGUGGGAUUUCGCCGCACUUCUUGAGAGGUGAUUGGUGUCCCAGACCCGGAACCCACAUCCGCGUUCACUGGACCUGAGUUUAUGCGCUGAGGAGAAAGGAGGGGAAUGGAAAACUUGAAAGAAGAAGAAUCAAAGAAGGGAAGAGAGGGAGAGAAAAAAGGGUUUUACUGUGAAGAAGUUGUGCCCUGGUAGAAGACUUCAGUUUUUAAAUACACAGCCUUCUCAAAGCAGCAUUAUUAUGGGUCAAAUCUACAUGUUGCCUAAUGCCAAGUCAAGCAUGUGGAGGAGAGAGGUGGGGAGAACAAGGAAGAACUGGAAAUAUGAUCUUAGUAAUGAGAAAGAGCAGAUAAAGAGAAGAAAAGGAAAUGUCAGAAGCCCGUGGGUAGUUCCAGAAAGUGGAGGCCCAAAGAAAUUCCAGCUCUCCAAUAAACUCUCAAGCCACAUCUUCUGUUAAACAAAAAGACUCCAAUGGACAUAGCACUCCAAACAUGAACUGCCCCAGGCCUCAGCACCAUGCAUCAUUGUCUGUGGAAACGUAUUCUAGUUGCUGUGUCUUUAAUCUUCCUGGGCUUCUUCUUCCAAAAGCUUACUGAAGAGCGUCCUACAUAUAACUUAUCAUUGCAGGAGGAAAAGAAGAAAAUCCUGCAACAGCUCAAUCAAGAGCAAAUGACCUCUGAGAGCAAGAACCAUCUGGAGAACUUCAGGGACAUGCAGAAAGCCUCCCCUUUACUCCAACAGGUCAACUACAAAUUGCUGGCUGGAUCCCCUCCCCAGGAAAAGAAACUGUUGACCAUAGGGAUUUCUUCAGAGCAGCGCCCUAAUGGGAGCUACCUUUUGGGCACUCUGCAUUCCCUGUUCCAAGCUUCCUCAGAACAUGAGCUGAAUUGUGUUGUGGUGCUGGUCCACCUGUCCAAUCCUGACCCCAAAUGGCUCAGACGAACCGUUGCCAGUAUCUCAGACCUCUUCAAACCACAUAUUGAGGCCCAGAAGCUGCUCGUGAUCCAUGGUAGUCUCGCUGACUUUUCUCUCCCGGGAGAUCUGAAUAAUGUCAGUCAUGCCUCACGCUGUGAAGCACAUUAUUCCAGGCAGAAAGUCAAUUAUGCCCUCCUUAUGAACUUUGCCAUCAACCUCUCUGAAUACUUUCUGAUGAUAGAAGAUUAUGUUUACUGCACUUCCAAAUUUAUUUCUACCAUCUAUUGGGCACUAUCAGCCUGGAAAGAACUACCUUGGGCGAUCCUAGAGUUCUCCAGCCUAAGCCUCUCUGGGAAAGUUUUCCACACCAGUGACCUCUCCCGCCUGACCUCUCUCUUUCUCCUUUUCCAUAAAGAUAUUCCCAUCCAUUUGUUUCUCUCUGAAUUUCGUCUACUCUUGACCCAAAAUGUUCCAAUUCGUUUCAGUCCCUCAGUCUUCUACCACAUAGGCAAUUAUUCUGCGUUUGAGGACACGUGCUUUCCUGUGGAGAAGGAGGAGGUAUUUGGUGAACCAGACAACCCUGUCGCCAGCGUCCUCACUGACAUGAUGGCGGAAAUGAAUGCUAUUCCACAAUACGCUUACACCCUGAACAAAGAGUGCUACUCUACUCUCAAUCCUGUCAGAGGCAACUACCUGACAGUGGUUUUGGAGAAGCCACAAAAAGUCACCCGGAUAGAAGUGCUGACAGGUUCUGACAAAAAAGGGCUGUACUGGCUACAGCAGGGGCAGGUGGAACUGGGCUAUGAUCCCUUGGAGAAUUCCAGAGGCUGCACCCACUAUACCCUUCUAGGUCCACUGGUGGAAGGAAAUUUAGACCAGAGGGUGUUUUAUGAAGAGGAUUCUGUAGAGGAGUUGAGUUGUAUACGACUGCUUGUGCUGGCAUCUCAAGAGUCUUGGCUCCUGAUCAGGCAGAUCAAAGUCUGGACUUGGCAUGAGGAAGAGGAGGGUUAGCACAAUGGGAAUUCUGGAAAGGCAGAGUUUGGGAAUGGAACCUACAUGGCUGACCAGAAAUAAAGCUAAAAUUAAAAUUGA